UAGUCACAGUGUGGCGGCGCGCCGGCUCGCGCGCUCGCCUGCCGCGGUCUCCCGGACACCUGGCGGUUAAUAACAACAUGCCCCGAGUGUAGUGUAAUGUCAAUUGAGUCUGUGUCUUCCGUGUUGGAUGGUUGUUUUGAGGUUGCGAUGGGAGUUGUAAAUAAGGUCUAUUAAACAAAGCAAUAUUUUACCCCGUAAGUGACGUUUCUUCCAAGAUGGCGCCCGCUGUCAAACUGGACAGUCAUGGCGAAAAGUGCCAGUAAAUAUUAAUAAAAAAACAAUAAUGAGAAGAUGCCGCAGCGAUCGUCGAGCCUGAUGCGGCCGUUCGUGGUGCUCGCACUGCCCGGGAUGUAUCUGCUGUACAAGUACAACCAGUAUCGACAACAACAAAUGGAAACCGCGCGGCGCCGCGUCACCGAACGCGAGCUUAUGCACCUUAACACCAAAAUCGACAAGUUGCUCAACAAGUUGGAGGAGAAUGAACCUGAGCUGGCCACAACGCCCGAGGAAGAAUGUGUAAUAUGCGUGAACGCGAAGGCGACGAUGCAGACGUCGCCGUGCGGCCACCGCGUGGUCUGCCGGCGCUGCUUCGUCAAGACCAUCCAGAUGGCGGUCAGCCAGCGCCUGCUGCCGCUGCGCUGCGUCAUCUGCCGCGCCAAGAUACUCCGGCUGCGGCAGGCGCCGCGCCUCGUCACCAGCAAGAGCUGGCAGGUGUCAAGUGGCAGCGGGCGGUCAUGGGGUGUGCCGGGAUCGGUGUCUUCUUACUCCGUCGGUGCUCGCUCCGUGCCCGCCUCCGCCUCCCUCUAUUCCGUCACCAGCGGCGAGUCCAACAUCUCCGGCGUGUCCUCCGCUUCCUCAAGUAGCGGUAGCACCAGCAACUGUUCUGCGAAGCUCUGCGGGGGGGCGAAGUGUGGAGGUGCUUGCCUGGGGGCGGUGCCGCGCGUGCCCCCCGCCCCCCCGCGCCCCAGGCAACCCGCCUCCAACUCACUAAGGAGGUCGCAGCACCAUAGUAUGAAGGCCAGACUACAAGACUACCAAGUGCACAGCUACACGGGCGGGCCGGUGCCGGAGCCCCCGGGCCGUCUGCCCCCCAUCCGGGAGUUCCAACGGGAGUUCCGCGAGGGCCGCCGCGAGACCACCGCCACCGCCUCUUCGUCCACUAGAAUUAGGUGCGCACAGAAAAUCGUAACGCAGCUUGAAACAUCACCUCAAAAAAACAAGCAGCAUUUUUUUCGACCACUUAAACCCACAAACAGAGAUGACCCGCCCAAAUCACGAGAUCACAGCAAAGAGACUGAAAAGAAAAAGGAAAACCCCAAAGUCAAACCGAAGAAAGAAGAUAAAAAGAAAGCGGAGGAAAACGCCAAGCAGACAGACAAAAAGAAAGAUGAAAACAGCGAUAACAAAAAGAAUGAGCUCGCCGAGAGAAAGAAGGAGGAAAAAUUGCGAUUAAAAGCGGAAAAGGAGGCUAAAAAGCAGGCCAAAGAGGAGGAGCGCCAAGCCAAAUUGUUAGCAAAAGAAGAGGAGAGGCAAGCGAAACUGUUAGCGAAAGAAGAAAAGAAAAAAGCAAAAAAGGAAGCUAAGAUGGCGGCGCAAGCAGAGAAGGAGAGAAAAGGGGAGAAAUAAAUAUAGAUUGUUAAAUUUUUACAUAGUAGAACCUCGUAGCCGUCUGUAGAUAUAGAUUCGAAGUCUUCAUGAAAUUGAUGAAACAAAAUUUUAACAGCAAAGGAGCAUGGGUAGAUCGGUCCACCUUCCUAAAACAUAAAAAUAAUUACUAGAUAAGAAGCUCAAUAGGACAUUUACUUCAUUUUAUUUAUUAAUACAUAACAA